AUGCCCGCUUCUCCGAAAGAUAAACCUUUGUCCCAAACAAAUGACGUCGAUGUGCCCGAGUCCACGAAACAAGCAGAAGAAAGAGAGGAUGAACAAGUCCCUGUAUCGCCCGAACGCGGAGAUGAGAAGGAAACACCAAGCGACGCGGCUGGUGAAAGGGAAAAUUCAAACAAAGACCAAGAUGAGAGCGAACAGCCAGAGGAUGCCAGUAAACCCACCGCUUCCCGACGAACCGUCCCAUCGCAGACAGAAUGGCAAGCGAUAUGGUCACCCCAGCAUAACGCUUAUUAUUUCUUCAAUUCCCGCACGAGCGAAACGACAUGGGUUAAUCCACUUGAUCCUUCUGCUACUGCGUCGACCGCAUCCACCUCGGCCGAGCCAACAGAUGCGCAGCCUACCAGCGAAUCGAAGCCCGAAGAGACGAGUACGGGCGAAAAGCCGCCUCCAGAUCUGUCGUAUCUCAAUGGCAUAGACCCCGAGCUCGCAUACCUGGAUCCGACGCUGGCUGUCCCAUCGGGAGGCUCAAAGGGACCCGUUCCGACAUUUUCAGCCCGAUUCGGUGCUCGGGACGGCAGGUUCACAGCUAUGGACGGGAGGAGACCAGAACAUUUGAGUGAAGCAGCACGUGCACAGAGGAUGAGCUCUGUCUAUUACGAUACCGAGGCGUGGGAGAGGGAGAUUGCUGAGCGAGACGCCAAGGCAAAGGCCGAAGCGGAGGCCGGUGUUGGAGACAAGAGGAAGCGAGUCACCAAGGCUGAUAUUGAACGAUUCAAGGAGCAGAAAAAGGCUAAAAAAGCAAUGCGGAAUGCCUGGUUGAGGGAAUAG